AUGUGUGUUCCACUUGUUCUAGGCACGACAUCGAAUAUUGCUUCAACGACAUAUUCUGGCUCUUUAUCAUUCAAUAGUCCCGGCUUUGUUCGACCUGAUAAAAGUUCAGGAGACUACUAUUACCAAGCUAUUCGAGUGACCGUGUCCACAUCUGGCACAUACAUUUUUACAAGCACUAGUUCAAAAGACACUUAUGGCUGUUUCUAUUCUGAUUCUUUUGAUCCAUCUUAUCCAUCUCAGAAUUUAAUAACAACUGAUGACGACGGCGCUAGUAAUAGUCAAUUUCGAAUCAGCACCACUCUUCAAUCCUCAAGAACAUAUAUCUUGAUCGUCACUACCUAUGAUACGAAUACAAUAGGAAGUUUCGUAAUUACAGUCAAUGGGCCAGCAUCAGUGGCACUGUCAGCUUUUAUUCUAUCAACAGCGUUAGCGAGCAGUCCAGCUUCUACUAUAUCAUCUUACUCUGGCUAUUUAUUAUCGAGCAGUCAAUCGUUUGCCCGACCUGAUUAUUCAUCAACAAGCUAUUAUUACGAAGCAAUUCAAGUGACCGUUCGUACGAGUGGUAGAUACAGUUUUACCAGCAUUAGUUCUUAUGAUACUUAUGGUUACUUAUACAAUGAUCCUUUCAAUCCAUCGAAACCUUCUCGCAAUUUAAUUGCAUCUGAUGAUGACAGUGGUAAUAGUCACCAAUUUCGAAUUAAUGCAACUCUUCAAUCUGGUAGCACGUAUGUUUUGGUUUUCACCACCCUCAGCACAUGGCAGACAGGCAGUUUUCGGAUCGCUGCCACUGGUCCAGCGCCGGUUACUCUAUCAUCAUAUACACCCUCAAGCGCAGAUACAGGUGCUUCUGAAUGGGCAACAUGGAAAACUGUGUGUAUAGUGGUACCUUGUGUGAUAUUAUUUGCUGGUCUUCUUAGUGUUUGUGUAUAUCGACAAAAACGAAAAGCGAUUUCGAAUCGAGACAUCCGCUCAGCGCCACGUAACCAAACAAUGCACCCACAGAUGUAUCCCAUGACAAACAUCAACGGAAAUAUCUCUCAACCACCUUAUACAAUUUCAAGUCCGUCGAUGUAUCCCUCUCAUAUGGAAGAAGAACCUCCAUCGUAUGAAUCACUUCCCCCAUAUUUCAAGGCCCAAUAUCCACCAUACUCCACUUAA